AUAUAUUAUAAUAGAUAAUUACAUUGCCAUUUAUGGAUUUACUCAGCAAUAUAUAAUCUCAGACCAAACGGAAAAGCCACCCAUAAAGAGCCCAUGUAUUAUAUAUUUUCUCCUGUUUGGAAAAUGCUACUGCAACUUAAACCAUUUCCCCCAUUUAAGCCACAAAAGACCCAAAUCUUCACCCGUCUGACCCACUGCCUGGCGAACAGUUGAACUGCAAUUUUCCUUCGACGAUUAAUCGCCGCUAGCUUGCCAUUUUUAAUGGUCAUGGACAACACCAAGCCAAGUCACCACCGAACCACCAAAGUCAAGGAAAACUUGUUGCGUUAAGAAACUAACCGCGAAAACGCAAAUAGAAAAACCCGUUUGCUCCAAAUGAAAGGGAAAAGAAAUGGAGAUGUAUAUAUUGUGGAGAGAAGGAGCCGUAGGAGGAGGAGGAGAUGGAGGAGCUGCCUGGACAAGUCGACUGGUUGGAGUCUCUAUUAUGUCAUCGCCAUCGCUAUUGCGGAAAGCGGUGGGAUGGACUUUGUUUUGAUGAUAACUCCGCUGGUUCCGGUUUCUGUGUGGAUUUUUGGUGGGGUCGGGGUUUGGGGUUUUCUUUUCAGGCGAUCAAAGCUGGAGCUGGCCAUCGAUUUUGGCAUCCUAUUUGGCGCUUUAACAUGAACACCAAUCGCGCGGAUUGCCCAUUUCAAGGCUGGCACUCGAGCUGUAAAGACGUGACAGGAUAAGGAAAGCAAAGCUCCCAAGGAUGGGUUUCAGAGUGAUACUUUUGGCGGCCACCGGCCUUGGGGCCAUGUACAUGAUGCAUCUGCUGGCCCAGGACUGGGUGAAGAUUCGACCCAUUCGCGGUAUAACCCAACUGGCUGGAAUGGCUGCUCAACCUAUACAAAUGGCCAUUGCACCGAUUCAACAGGCCAGUGCCUCAUUGAAUUUAUUUCGAUCUAGAAGAGAGGCUACCUCCAGCCAAGGUCAUGAUCUGGGUUGGGUGCGAAGGACGCAGGAUUCAGGAGGAGGAGGAGGCAGAGUAUCAAAUGGCAGAGUUCAGAGACCUCCACCACCAGCCAUUGAUUGGAAACGAAUCCUCUCGCGAGAUCCCUUCGAGUGCCUCCAAUCCCUGAUCUGCCAACUUAUGUCUGGAGCGGAAGCCAAAGUUCCCGAAGCGGAACUGCUAAUGGAUUAUCUGGAAUCUUCGAUCGAGAUGGCUCCUAUAAAGAUUGGACGAGCGUUUAGUCGCGGAUUGGCUUUGAGGGGUUCCACGGAGCUGUGUUUUAAUGAGUAUCCAUUUUGCCUAUAUUCCGCCAAAACGAUGUUGAGGAUUCUGCGAUGGUUUAGUGAAACGGGUCAGGUUCCCGUCGAGGAAGUAGAUUGAGUAGAUAUAUAAGUUUGGCUUCAAUAAAUUUUAAGGAGAGAGAGUGAAAGUGAGGAAGUGUAAACAUUUUUUGGUGAUUUUUUCACAAGAGGACGUAUACGUUAUUUACAUUUUUCUUUUUCAACAGAAACA